AUACAUGUAGCCUGCAGGGUGCUGCUCGUUUACCUGCGUUCUCCAUGGACGGGGACUACGUGAUCGGCGGUGUUUUCUCCAUCCACAACAGCAUGCACACGGUGGAGAACAACUACACCACAGCACCCGAGUCUCCCAGCUGCUCAGGGAGAAUAGACCCCCGUGAAGUGCGCUUUGCUCGUGCAAUGAUCUUCGCCACCGAGGAAAUAAAUAACAGCACAGAGCUUCUCGCCGACGUCAGUCUUGGAUAUCAGAUCCACGACUCGUGCGCCUCGGUGCCUGUGGCUGUGCAUGCAGCAUUUCAGCUGUCAAACGGCCAAGAUCCUGUGUUUUAUGGGGGUGACAAUUGCUCUCAGUCUGGAGUGGUGAUGGCUGUUGUGGCUGAGUCCGGGUCCACGCCAUCCAUCAGCAUAUCGCGUAUUAUUGGGUCUUUUAACAUUCCACAGGUGAGCCACUACGCCACGUGUGCCUGCCUAUCAGAUAAGAAGCAGUAUCCAACUUUUUUCAGAACCAUUCCCAGUGAUCAGUUUCAAGCUGACGCUCUGGCCAAGCUGGUGAAGCACUUUGGCUGGACUUGGAUUGGAGCCGUCCGGUCGGACUCAGAUUAUGGAAAUAACGGCAUGGCAGCUUUUCUAGACGUCGCUCUCAGAGAGGGGAUCUGCGUGGAGUACUCUGAAGCAUUUUAUCGGACCAACCCGCGCAGCAAAAUCCAAAGAGUUGCUGAUAUAAUCCGGAGGUCCACAGCAACAGUUGUGGUGGCAUUUGCAGCUAUCGGAGAGAUGAAGAUCCUGUUGGAAGAACUGUCACGAGAUCCUUCGCCGCCUCGUCAAUGGAUCGGAAGCGAGGCCUGGUUCACUGACAUGGAUAUGUUACGUUUCACUUCCUGUGCUGGGGCCAUUGGAGUGGCUAUUCAGCAAUCUGUCAUUCCUGGGUUUAGAAAUUUCCUUCUGGAUCUCUCUCCCUCUGAAGUGGCUGCUUCCCCUGUCCUCUCUGAGUUCUGGGAGGAUGCGUUCAAUUGCACGCUAAGAAAAAGUGGAGAUACACAAAAGAGAAUGUGCAAUGGACAAGAGGAUCUAAACACACUUAAGAGCCCGUACACUGAAACGUCACAGUUGAGAAUUACUAACAUGGUGUACAAGGCUGUUUAUGCAAUAGCUCAUGCUAUUCAAGCUGCACGGUCUCAAAAAACUAAUUUCACUGCUGACAAAUCCAUCAGGCUGGAGUCUGAAGAGGUUUUAACUGAGCUGAAGAAAGUCAACUUUUCCCAAAAUGGCUAUCAUGUGUCAUUUGAUGCGAAUGGGGAUCCAGUGGCUUUUUACGAACUGGUGAACUGGCAGAAGAAUGAGAGAGGAGCCAUUGAGCCGGUGACAGUGGGGUUUUAUGACGCAUCGCUGCCAGAAGGCCAGAAGUUCAAUAUCAACAGAAACAUAACCUGGGUGGAAGGUAGCUUAGAGGUUCCAGUGUCAGUUUGCUCAGAGAGUUGUCCUCCAGGAACUCGUAAAGUGUUGCAGAAAGGAAAACCAAUCUGCUGCUAUGACUGUAUACCAUGUCCUGAAGGAGAGAUCAGUAAUAUGACAGAUUCUCCUGAUUGCUUCCCAUGUCCCAGAGAGUUCUGGCCAAAUACCGAAAAAGAUGCUUGUUUCCCCAAACCUGUGGAGUUUCUUUCCUUCGAUGAAGUCCUGUCAAUCAUCCUGGCUGUAUUCUCCAUCAGUGGAGCCUGUCUGGCCAUCAUUACAACAGUGAUUUUCUUCCAUCACAGAACAACUCCAAUUGUCAGAGCCAACAACUCUGAGCUGAGCUUCCUGCUGCUCUUCUCUCUGAUUCUGUGUUUCUUAUGUUCAUUAACUUUCAUUGGAGCCCCCUCUGAGUGGUCCUGCAUGCUGCGGCACACAGCGUUUGGCAUCACAUUUGUUCUCUGUAUCUCCUGUGUUCUUGGGAAAACUAUAGUGGUUCUAAUGGCCUUUAAAGCUACACUUCCUGGUAACAAUGUCAUGAAAUGGUUUGGUCCUCUUCAACAAAGAAUGACUGUAUUAUCUUUUACAUUUAUUCAAGUUAUAAUAUGUAUCAUUUGGUUGGUUGUGAGUCCUCCCUUCCCAGUGAAAAAUCUGACCACCUACAAGGAGAAGAUCAUCCUGGAAUGUGCGUUAGGCUCUGCUGUUGGUUUCUGGGCUGUGCUCGGCUACAUCGGCCUGCUGGCUGUGUUUUGCUUUGUGUUAGCUGUUCUAGCUCGGAAACUACCUGAUAAUUUCAACGAAGCCAAGAUGAUAACCUUCAGCAUGUUGAUAUUCUGUGCAGUCUGGAUCACCUUCAUCCCAGCUUAUGUCAGCUCUCCUGGAAAAUUUACUGUGGCUGUGGAGAUAUUUGCUAUUCUGGCCUCCAGUUUUGGACUGAUACUGUGUAUAUUUGCUCCAAAGUGUUUCAUUAUUUUGUUUCAGCCAGAAAAGAACACCAAGAAACAUUUAAUGAAUAAAAACUAA